GAGCGGCGGAGUCCGGCGGAACCCCGGCCCCGGUAUGAGCUUCCCGCGGCCCCUGCGCCGCUCCGUGAGCCUCAGCCCGAGCCGGACCUUGCGCCUCGUCGUGCUGGGGCAGAGCGCCGUGGGCAAGACAGCACUGACUGUGAGAUUCAUCACCAGGAGAUUCAUUGGAGACUAUGACCCAACCCUAGAGAUGAUCUACAGGCAUGUGGCCAUCAUGGAUGGGGAGAUGGUGCACUUCGAGAUCCUCGACACAGCUGGCCAGGAGGAGGACUCCCUGCAGAUAGAGGAGAAGAUCAAGUGGGGAGAUGGCUUCGCCGUGGUCUACUCGGUGACGGACAGGUGCAGCUUCGACGAGGUGAUGAGGCUCUGCUUCCUCAUCAACCACAUCCACGCCAGCCCCAAGAGGAGCAGCGGGGGCGAGCAGCCUCCUGUGGUCAUCGUGGCCAACAAGAAGGACUUGCAGUUCGACAGGAUGGUGUCCAGGGAGGAUGGGGAGAACCUCUCCAAGGCCUUGAAGCUUCCCUUCUACGAGAUCUCCACCCGGGACAGCUACGAGGAGACCGUGGCGGUGUUCAGCAGCCUCUACCAGCAGCUGCUGAGGCAGGGCCACUUCUCCCCGGGCUCCUUCAAGAGGAGGACAGUGUCCAAGCUGAUGGAGAAGAUCCCCAAGAUGCAAGCCAGCUCCACCUUGAACUCGGCAGGCCGCAGCCUCAGCUUCAACUCCUUCAGGGACUACAUCCCUGAGUGAGUGUCCCUGGUGCCGGGGGGCGGCUGGCCC